CCCGCCGCCCCCCUUACUAAAUUCUUUGGCGGGAACCAAAUCACUCCAAGUCCCGCCAAUUGAGUCUCACGAAUCGAAAUUUCUUUCCCUUUUAUACAACCAUAACCCUAGAAUUCAUAAUCUUGUCCCAAAGAAAAGCAAUCGAAGGAGAAAAAGGCCCAAAAAUGCUUGAGCUUAGGCUAGUUCAAGGUUCGCUUUUGAAGAAAGUGUUGGAAGCGAUUAAGGACUUGGUCAAUGAUGCGAACUUCGACUGUUCGGCGACGGGGUUCUCGUUGCAAGCCAUGGAUUCAAGCCACGUAGCGUUGGUGGCUCUGUUGCUGAGAUCGGAAGGUUUCGAGCACUAUCGGUGCGACAGGAACAUAUCCAUGGGAAUGAAUCUCAAUAACAUGUCCAAGAUGCUUAAAUGUUCCGGGAAUGAUGAUAUCAUCACGCUCAAGGCCGAUGAUGGAAGCGAUACCGUUACUUUCAUGUUCGAGAGCCCCACACAAGACAAGAUAUCGGAUUUUGAGAUGAAGCUGAUGGAUAUUGAUAGCGAGCACCUUGGAAUUCCAGAGGCGGAAUACCAAUCCAUUGUUAGGAUGCCUUCAGCUGAGUUUGCAAGGAUUUGUAAAGAUCUUGCUAGCAUCGGUGAUACUGUUGUUAUCUCUGUAACCAAGGAAGGUGUGAAGUUUUCCACAAGAGGUGAUAUUGGAACUGCAAAUAUUGUUCUCAGGCAAAAUAAUUCUGUGGAUAAACCAGAAGAAGCAACAAUCAUAGAGAUGAAUGAGCCGGUUUCUUUGACAUUCGCAUUGAGGUACAUGAACUCGUUUACAAAGGCUACUCCAUUGUCAAGUACUGUGACAAUCAGCUUGUCUUCUGAAUUGCCGGUUGUGGUUGAGUACAAGAUAGCCGAGAUGGGCUAUAUUAGGUUGUAUUUGGCACCCAAGAUUGAAGAGGAUGAAGAUGAGAGUAAACCAGAAGUUUAAUUUGAUUGUGGUAUGGAUUUAGUUGUCUUGAUUUAGUGAAAUGGGGCAUUCAUGUGUGUGCUAUUAAUGCUUCCAAGUUCC